AUGACUGAGUUUGAUGACGAGCCACUUUCUUUAUCUGCACAUGCCUUAGCCGCAUUGCAAGAGUUUGCAGCAGAGGAGAAACAGCGAGUUGAAAAAUUUGAGUCUUUGUACAAAGCAUCGGAGGACAAAUUCGAUGAGCAACAGCAAGCAAACUUGGAUGACAUAAAAAUCGAUGAUUUCAAAGAAGACUGGCAAUUGUCGCAGUUUUGGUACACCGAUGAAACUGCUCGGAUAUUGGGGAAGGCUUUGUUGGAGGGAGCCGAUGAGAAUACUGUGAUUGUUGUUGCUUCUGCUCCGUCAGUGUAUGCAGCCAUUAAACAAUUCCCUCAGGAUGAGAUACCCACCAAGCAUAUUUACCUAUUAGAAUAUGACCCAAGGUUCAAAGUUUUGGCCGGUAGUGAACAUUUUAGCACAUAUGACUAUCACAAGCCCGAUGAUAUCCCUAAACAUUUGAGAAAUAAAUGCCAUCGUCUCCUUAUAGACCCACCAUUUUUGGAGGAAGAAUGCCAGACAAAAAGCGCUCAGGCAGCAAAGAACUUGUUAGUGAAGGAAGACGAACGAUUGGAAAGAACAAAGUCGGGAGAUAAAAAGUACAAAUUGAUCUCUUCAACUGGUGAAAGAGUGUAUGAAGUCGUUACCAAGAACUUUGCUGAUACUCGGGUGACCAACUUUUAUCCAGAACACAAGAAUGGGUUGAGCAACGAAUUCAGGUGCUAUGCCAACUUUGAAAGCUCGUACUGGAAAUUCGCCGACAAUUAG